AAGGACGGGCGCGAUCGAUCGCGAGACGAGUGUGGUUGCGGGGGAUCCCUCGCCCGCGCCCCCGGCCCGGGUAACGCUAGGUACAGGUACCGGUACCGUACUUAAACCGCGCCUGCGCCUGUACCAGGUACUGUUGCCGCGGCCGGUCAACCAGACGCCAUAUGCACCUCAUGUCAUGUACUUAUCAGCGGUUGUCCGCGGGUUGGUUAUUGACUACGGUACAUUACAUGUACCAGUUGGAGAUUCUCUUAACGAGUAUUUUUAAUCAGAUUUACCGGUAUCUGAGCCUGAUCUGAGGCAGUGGGUCGUUACGUCAGCAGCAAGACGCCAAGACUCAAGAGUGACAGAUAGGCAUGAUACUUGAUAGACCAUGGAACUGUAUGACGAAGCUUAUGAUGAAAAAUGGAUGAAGCAAGCAGUGUGCAUGGGUAAGCAGGCCCUAAGUAGAGGAGAGGUCCCAGUAGGUUGUCUCCUUGUGUAUAAUGAUCAGAUCAUAGGGACAGGAGGAAAUGCUGUCAACCAAACCAAAAAUGCCACAAGACAUGCCGAAAUCUUAGCUUUAGAAGAAGCAAUGAGAUGGUGUGAAGACAAACAGAUGAAGAGAGAAGAGGUCUUCUCACAUACCAAACUAUUUGUGACAGUAGAACCCUGUAUCAUGUGUGCUGGGGCUCUGCGUAUCAUGGGUAUUAGAAAGGUUGUGUAUGGUUGUGCUAAUGAAAGGUUUGGCGGUUGUGGUUCCAUCUUCUCUGUACAUUCAGAUCAGCUACCAUCUACAGGAGAAACUUUUGAGUGUAAACCUGGGCUGUAUGCUGAUACUGCUGUUCAACUUCUUCAAGAAUUUUACAAGGGACAGAAUCCUAAUGCUCCAAAUCCAAAGAUCAAGUCAUCUGGUGUGAAAAAUGAAGGUCAACAGUCCCCCUAUGAUAACACUGAAUCAAAGAACCAAAGUGAAACUUCAACCCCGGUCAAAUGAAGGUGUAGUGCUAUAAACCAGUGGAUUUUGCUGAUACUAACACCAAGCGAUUGAGGUCUAGUGCUCUUCAUCCAGUGGCUUUGUCUACAGAUGAACACUAAAACAGUGGAGGCCAGAAGCUUUAGAAUUGACAGCCUUGACACUGAACACCAGAAAAACACCAGAUUAGCUGCAGUGCUCCAGAACCAGUGGUGUUUGCUGAUAUUCAACACCAAGCAAUUGAUGUCAAGUCCUCUGUAUCCAGUCCCUUUGACUUACUAUGAAUACCAAGCUGUGGAGGUUAGAAGCUUAAGAGCCAGCAGCUCUGACAAUCCACACCAAAGAAUAAUCAGUCAAGUGUGGUGUCCAAAACUGUUGCAAGUGCUUAUAUUCAACACCAAGCCUUGAUGUCCAGUGAACAGUGUCAAGUGGCUUUGACUGUCAGUGACCAAUAAACAGUGGAGGUCAAAUGUCACAUCUAAUGGGCAAGUGCUCUGUUUCUUGAUGGUAAAAAUGGAAAGCAAGGUAUAAACCAUGAGCACAAACUCCAAAAUAGUAGUAGUGAUAUUGAAAUCAAAUUGCCAAUGUGGAAAUUAGGUCUUCUAGUAGCAUCUAGAUAAAGCAUUGUGAGAUCCAUUGAGAUUAUACAGGUAUCAUAUUAUCAUGGAUGCUUGGGAAUAACAAUCAAAUCAGACAUGGGGUAUACAACGAAAAGAGGUUUAGGGCAAGUAAUAAAAAUCAAAUGCAAGUCCAAAAUACCUACUUGUAAUAGGUUUGAAAUCGAGUUGGAUAUGAUUCUUUGUUGUAUUUGAUUGCAUAUCUUCCUGCAAUGGGUUCUCCUUGCUGUGAACCAGAUACAUAAAAAGUAAACAAUAUGCAAUUUUUAUCAACAUUCAAUAAAUAUUCAUAUUGGUAAAUCUGAAUAACCAAUAACAAACAUGUUUUCUGGUCUUUUCUGUUCUUUAUUGUCUUCUCUGGUAACUUGUGUUUCCCUUUUUCCCUAUUUGUGACUGUCCUGUGUUCAGUUCAGCGUUUUCCCCAACUCAGUACUUCUUUUUGUCUUCCAGUUAAAGGAGAAUGAAACUCUUGUAGCAAGUUAGCUUUUGUGAAAGCAGAAAAAUCAAAGAAUAAGAUCAACAAAAGUUUGAGUAAAAUAGGACUAGCAAUAGAAGAGUUAUGAGCAUUUGAACGUCGAGAUCACUAAUGCUAUGGAGAUCCUCCCAUUGGCAAUGCGACCAAGAUCUAUGAUGUCACAGAUGAACAACUCUCCCCUUUUGGACACUGAAAAUAUACCCCAAAACAUCUCUUUUUGCUCAUUCUAAUCAUAUGACAAACGAUUCAUCAAUGAUAUAAUGUUGUGAAACCUCUGUACUUGUCCUCUCAUAAAGAGAACACCUCACCUUGUGAUAGACUCUAUAAAAAUGAGAAUAUAAGUGAAAUAAGUACUAAAGUAAUGAGGGAGUUGUACGUGUGUGACAUCACAGAUCUUGGUCGCAUUGCCAAUGGGAGGAUCUACAUGGCUUUAGUGAUCUCAAUAUUCAAAUGCUCAUAACUUUCUUAUUAUUCAUUCAAUCUUCCUCAAACUUUCAACUAUAUGUUUCUUUGAUUUUUCUCUUUGAUAUGGAUUCAGCUGGUUUCAAGGGUUUCAUUCUCCUUUAAGUUAUCAAUCCAAUGGCCUCAGUAUUUACAGCUGGUCCACAAUCUGAUUUUGGAACAAAUCAAAUUUUGCUUAUCUUCUGAAAAUAUGAAUGAAUAAUUCAAAUUAACUGUAAGAAUACUGAUAUAAUAAGUUUUGAUUAUUGCAAGCCAUUAUUGUGGAGUAAAGGCCAGAUUUGUACAAUUGCUUAACAUCCAUAUGACUAGAAAUUCAUUCGCUUUUAUUCCAGUUGCAUCGUCACAGAUUUGAACAUCGUAAGUAUUCAUACAGUGAUGUAGAACUUUAAACUGUAAGAUGCACCAUAUUUGCAUCAAAUUUUUGCUACGUUUUAUUCCAAAAUCAGGUCACAGACUAACCGUAGGUGUAUGGUGACCUUAAAAUUUAUUAGUCCAACCAUGCUUUGAGGCCACUCCCUCUAUAGUUGAAGCUUAAUACUUUGCUCUUUAAACCUUUCUACAGUCUGGUUGUAAUUGAUAUGAUAAUACAGAAGAAAUUAGUUGAACUUUUAUGUGAUUGCUAAGAAAUAAAAAUAAAGUAAAAUGGAGUGAAUUAAUCUGUUAUGGAAAACGGGCAUGAUAUUCUCCAUACUAAGUUUGGAAUUCUGAUUUUUUUUAAGGACAAGUCCACCCCAACAACAAGUUGAUUUGAAUAAAAAGAAAAAUCCAACGAGCACAACACUGAAAAUUUCAUCAAAAUCGGAUGUAAAAAAAAGUUAUGACAUUCUUAAGUUUCGCUUAAUUUCACAUAAUAGUUAUAUGCACAUCCUGGUCGGUAUGCAAAUGAGGGAACUGAUGACAUCACUCACUCACUUUCUUUUGUAUUUUAUUAUUUGAAAUAUGAAAUAUUCUAAUUUUCUCCUCAUUGUCCUGUGAAACAAAGUUUCAUUUCUCACUGAACAUGUGGCGUUACCAUUGCUUAACAUUAUAUGGUUCAGUCAAGUUGGUCCUUAUUGUCAAAUCUGUAAAAAUUGAAAUAUUGUAUAAUUCAAACAAUAAACAAAAGAAAUAGUGAGGGACAUCAUCGAUUCUCUCAUAUGCAUGUGACUAAAUUGUGCAUAUAACUAUUUUGUGAAAAAUAAGCAAAAUUUCAAAAUGUCAUAAGUCAUAACUCUCAUUUUACAUCCGAUUUGGAUGAAAAUUUUCAGCAUUAUGCUUGUCUGAUUUUUCUGUUGAUUCAAAACUACUUUUUCUGAGGUGGACUCGAUCUUUAAUGAUUUUUUUUUCAGAUUUUUAAAUAUUUUUAAUUUAUUUUAAAAAAUGCUUCACUUCAGUGACCAUUUGAUGUAUAGGUCAUCUUAUGCAGAAUAUUGUAUUGGGAACUGCCCUAUUCCAGUUAAAGCCAGGGUAAUAAAUCCAAUUCAUUGCCUUUAAAUUGAUUUAUUUCUAAUUAUAUUCCUUCUUUAAAUAUUCAUGAGUAUUCUAAAUGAGUGAUUGUGUGAUAAAU